GAGGGCAAAUAAGUUUGACAUACUUAAGACAAAGAGCACAGUGAGUUGAACAGUUUUCAGCAGCUGAGGGAGGAACAUCUCUACCACUAUUUAUUAACACAUGAAUUAAACGCUGCGUUAAAACUACAAUCCAAGACUUGGCUUCACCUACAACUCUGGAGACAAGAAGCAGCGAGAGGACAGAGCUGUGAGGAAUCCAACACAUAAGGCUUCAGGAGGGACACAGCACAACACCCUUCACACAGACAACAAGGUGAGGACGUAACGGCGCUUAGGAAUAGAAAGGGGGAUUCUCUGAAGCUCCAUGUGGAGGACGCACUGGACUGAAGUGGACUUGAGAAGGAGCGAGAAAAGCAGCAGCAACCUGGAGGAGGAACAGCAAGAGGUCCACCGGGCCCCGCAGCACAAUUACACUCACACUAUGAGUAUGAGCAGCACUCUAGAGAAGGGGGCCCACCAUCAGGCCCUGGACCUGUCAGAAGAACUGCCGCCGCACCACCAGCACCACCACCAUCACCCGCAUCUCCACCACUCCAACUCUCUGGCUUCCACCGCCGCUGUGGGCGGAGGCAGAGAGACGCCCUCACGCGUGGUCAUACCUCCUCCUUAUUCCGCGGCCGAGAGCGGAGGCGGGGGGAGCGAGGCUCCUCUGGAGCUGCGGGGGUCACUCGACUGCUGGGCCUGCUCGGUGCUGGUGACCGCCCAGAACCUGGUGAUCGCCGCCAUCAACGCCUGCCUCGCCGGAGUGGUGUUUGGGACGAUCCUGACACCGGCCAUCGUCAUGGUUGUGUUCGGCUUCCUCUGUCACUCUACAGUUCGCCCCCACGGGACGACACCCUACUGUUCAGACCUGCUGACUGACGGAGGCUGCGUGGCGUUGCUGGUGGUGGGCUUCCUCUUGGUCACCCCUCUGCUGGUCCUGGCGCUGGCUGCGUACUGCCGCCUGGCCCGACACCUCCAGCUGGGCCUGUGCUUCAUCCCAUACAGCCGAGCCGUGUACAAGAACCUGCCAGCCACGCAGCACCGCGGACUGGGCACCGGCUGCUGCGGCGGUAGAGAUGGAGCCGAUAGCAGCGGGAAGGGAAAGGUCUGGGUGUGAGGUUAACGAGGGCUGUGCGAGAGGAAAACAAAGAGGGGGGGGGGAAAGGAAAAUCAUUAGAUUGCAAAUAUAAAAGGGAAACAAGAGAACAGGGGCCGGGGUUUUUUUAAUACGAUGACUAAGAAAAGGCAGGAGAUGCAAGUUCAGCAACAUGUGCCACUACAUUGUUAAUGGCUAAUGAAUUACUCCCAUGCCUUAACAUCUGGGCAACAUAACUGAUUGAGAAAGGUUAGCAUGGUGUACUACGGAGGUUUUGUUUGUAUAAUUACACUGGAAUAUUUACAGUCUCGUAACUGUCUUAUUACAACUCAGUGUCUUGUUUUUUGAAACAGCUGAGAGCAAUUUCUCAAACAAUACAUCCAAAUGAAAUGCUCAGGUCAAAUGUAAAUUGUGUGUUUGUAAAAAAUAAGGGGGCAAGUCAACAAAAGCAAAGGCAAGUCUGCAAACCAGUACUUACUUAAAAUAGCCAAAAGUGCCUAAAAAAGUUGACCUGCAUACGACCUUAACCUUCCUGAAUAAAUCACAGGAAACAGGAAAUGUGAACAUAGCCCACCUCACAAAUGCUGUAUUUACACUAAACAAACUGUAUCUUCUCACAUGUAUGUUAUUAUGACAAACUUUAUUUCUCUAGUGUAGCUUUCUGUUUAGCUAUUGUUAGCUGUGACUGCAAUCCCUUACAUUAUUCCUUUUUAUAAAUAAAGUUUUGUUUUUUGA